UGGGCCCUCUCCGCCGCUCCCGCCCCCAUGUUUCUCCGAGCUGGCCUGGCUGCACUGUCUACCCUUUCUCGCACCCUCAGGCCUGCUUCUGCUCCGAUCGCCACCAUGAGCACCGGCACCUUCGUCGUGUCGCAGCCGCUCAAUUACCGCGGCGGGGCCCGCGUGGAGCCAGUGGACGCCUCCGGCACCGAGAAGGCUUUCGAGCCUGCAACCGGUAGAGUGAUAGCUACUUUCACAUGUUCAGGAGAAAAGGAAGUAAACUUGGCUGUUCAAGAUGCAAAGGCUGCCUUUAAAAUAUGGAGUAAAAAAUCUGGCAUGGAGCGUUGCCGAAUCCUUUUGGAGGCUGCCAGGAUAAUAAGGGAACGGAGGGAUGACAUUGCCACUGUGGAGACGAUCAACAAUGGGAAGUCCAUCUUUGAGGCCCGCUGGGACAUUGACACUUCCUGGCAGUGCUUGGAGUACUAUGCAGGCUUGGCGGGGUCCAUGGCCGGCGAGCACAUCCAGCUCCCCGGUGGGUCCUUUGGCUACACCAGAAGGGAACCACUAGGGGUGUGUGUUGGAAUCGGAGCGUGGAACUACCCCUUUCAGAUCGCCUGCUGGAAGUCGGCUCCGGCUCUGGCUUGUGGUAACGCCAUGGUCUUUAAACCUUCUCCCUUCACGCCUGUGUCGGUGUUGCUGCUGGCUGAAAUCUAUACCGAGGCUGGAGUCCCUCCUGGGCUCUUCAACGUGGUGCAAGGAGGGGCUGCUACAGGCCAGGUUCUGUGUCAGCAUCGUGAUGUGGCCAAAGUCUCCUUCACUGGAAGUGUGCCCACCGGCUCAAAGAUCAUGGAGAUGUCUGCUAAAGGAAUCAAACCGGUUACCCUGGAGCUUGGAGGCAAGUCUCCGCUCAUCAUCUUCUCGGAUUGUGACAUGAAGAACGCUGUAAAGGGGGCGCUGAUGGCCAACUUCCUCACUCAAGGCGAGGUUUGUUGUAAUGGUACAAGGGUAUUUGUGCAAAAGGACAUUCUUGAUCAAUUUACAGAGGAAGUGGUGAAACAGACCCAAAGAAUAAAAAUUGGAGAUCCACUUCUGGAAGAUACAAGGAUGGGUCCCCUCAUCAACCGGCCACACCUGGAGCGAGUCCUCGGGUUUGUGAAAGUGGCGAAGGAACAGGGUGCUAAAGUGUUAUGUGGUGGAGACGUCUUUGUACCUGAAGAUCCCAAAUUAAAGGAUGGAUAUUACAUGAGACCUUGUGUGUUAACUAAUUGCCGAGAUGACAUGACCUGUGUGAAAGAAGAAAUCUUUGGACCAGUUAUGUCCAUUUUAUCAUUUGACACUGAAGCUGAGGUUCUGGAAAGAGCCAAUGACACCACUUUUGGACUUGCUGCUGGUGUCUUCACCAGGGACAUCCAGCGUGCCCACAGGGUGGUAGCUGAGCUUCAGGCUGGAAUGUGCUUCAUUAACAACUACAACGUCAGUCCAGUGGAGUUGCCCUUUGGUGGAUAUAAGAAGUCAGGAUUUGGCAGAGAGAAUGGCCGGGUGACAAUUGAGUACUAUUCACAGCUGAAGACUGUGUGUGUGGAGAUGGGUGACGUGGAGUCUGCUUUUUGAACACAUGCAGGGACGCCAGUGAAUAAGGAGAGCCAGCGGUCAUGACUCGGGCGGUGCAGCCGCCUGCUGGUUCAGAUCCAGAAUAUUGGUCAUUCCGGAUAAGAAAAUGGUUCAGUGAUGCUCUUCAUGGCUCAUUCAGUUUCCUAAGUGAAAAUGUACUUAAGUGUCUUUUAUAUACUAAUCGAGAAAGCUUGAUUUUCCUCAAAGCAAAUUUCUCUAAAUAAUCUUUGUGAGUCACUAACAACUUUCCCGAGAACAGGAGGAGGACCAGGACUGUUCAUCUUCCAUGGCGCCCACCCACUCAUGGGUUCAUUUUAGCAUGCUUUGAAGAAUACUUGCCUUUAGAGGCUCCUGGGCAUUUCAGAAGAGAUUCCUGCUCCUUUGCAUUUUAAGUCCAUGGUCCUGUGGCAUUCCGCUGAGAAGGCCGAUAGCUGGGAGAGCGGGCUUGGCUAACAGGCGGGUCAGUUGGGCGUGGAUGCUGAUUGGCCAGAGCCAGCGCUGUGGUGGGGGUGGCUGGGGGGGAAUCCGCUCCAAUCCUUGACUUAGAGCUUGCUCUCUUAGGAUAGAAGGGUUUCCUUUUAAAUGUACAGAUUCUUUGUAUGCCACUGCAGUAUACUGAAACUAAAUAAACCACACCGACAAUC